UUCAAAUAAAAGAAGCAUCCUUUCUUCCUGCAGGCUUCAGGACCUGUGGUUCCUCGCUCCAGACAUCAGGUGAGAUCAUCGGCUCCUUAUUCCUACAACUGAUAGAUGAAGUUACGUUGUAACUUUAAUCUUUAUCUGGAUCAUUUCAAUAUUAGUAAACCUUUUUAAAGAUCUCAACCAUGGCUCAAAGUCUCUGGAGCAAAGGUGUGUAUUCAUCCAGCGGUAUCCGCUUUGAAAGCUGCGCUGCAGAUGUUCAGCCGGACCCCUCACCGACACGUUUAGAUGCAUCGGGCUGUUCUGCAGCUGUAAUCAAGGACAGUCAGAAUGUUAACAGGCUACAAGGAAUGUCCUUUUGCAGCUUUGAAAAUGCUGGUUCAAGUUUGCUCCGUUCAAGUCAAAUGGAGCCGAAUCCAUCCAGAAAAGGAGGCGUUGUCCAUUUACGUAGAACUCCCUCUGACUCGUACAAUCGUCAUUUAUGGGAUGUAAACAAUGGCCAUCAGGCCAAGCGUGCAAGAGUAGAAAACAUCAUCAAGGGCAUUUCUUGCACAGAUGUGACAAAUAAACUUGAGCCCAGCUACGUGAAGGAUGAAGCAAAUCCAGAUCACAUGGAGAGAGGUGGAUCUGAAAGCUUGGGUCAGAACCAGCUGCCAAGAAAGCAGCAUCAACACUGCAGACCAAGGACCAAGUUCGGUCACAUGGAGGGAGAACGUGAAAGCCCAAACGGCAGCAAGGAAGAAGAAUUCCCAGUAUGGACAGCUACUCCUGAAACCUAUCCAGAUGCGGAGUUUGAUGAUCCCUGUAGCAAGUUUGAAAGCAGCUCAGGUAGAAAAUGUCAAGGAUGGAAGGUCAGGCGAAUGAACUACUUCCAGUCCAAACCUGACAGAAUCAAGCUGAUGGCAGAUAUUUUGAAGUAUGAACUGUCUAGAGCAGUCAGCAGGAGCGUCGAUUCGAUUUUCAAAAGCACGCCGCUUUUACAGACAUCAUCAAGUGACGUGGAGAACUCAGAAACUGAAACACCGUUCCGGUCAACGGUGUGUGAAGAUAAGUUCAGGUUUUCUUGCUGUGGGACUGCAGAGGUCCCAGACAUCCAAACAGAAGCUCUUCCCCUGGUGGUCCAAAAGCCUGACCUAGAACAACGCGACAACUUUGUACCUCAGCCUGGUCCUGCAGCUCCUUGUUUCCCCAAACAACAAACUCAGAUCCGUGGCCAACACCAGUCUGUUCUAAGGAGAGAACAAACGGAGCAGAACUACAGCGUGGAUCAUUGUGCUCUUAGGUGCUGGGAGGACGGAUGCUCAGAAGCUGCUCGGUCCAAGUUGGACACACAGUGGAAUUCUGUUAAAGUAAAGUCAAAGGUCAACUCCAGAUCGGUGAGAAGUCCGCCGACUUCCACGACACAGAUGGAUCCGAUGCUUCUGGAAAGUCUGUGUUUGCCACAAGUGAAGUUAGAAGCGGACAACCCGGACAAAAACAACCCGUACGUGCUGAACGAGUGUCUGACCACAAACCACCUGAAGAAAGCAAAGCUUAUGUUCUUCUACACCCGCUACCCGAGCUCACUGGUGCUGAGGGUGUGCUUCCAUGAUGUCCAGUUUACACGCUGCAUCACCUCCCAGCUCAUCAAGUGGUUCAGUAACUUCCGGGAGUUUUACUACAUCCAGAUGGAGAAGUUUGCCCGGAAUGCUCUCAUGGAGGGAGUGGUGGACGUGAGGGAUCUGACUGUAGAUAGAGAAUCAGAACUUUUCAGAGCUCUCAACAUUCACUACAACAAAGCCAACAGCUACCAGGUCCCAGAGAGGUUUCUGGAAGUGGCUGAGAUUACACUGAGAGAGUUUUACAUAGCUAUUUCACUGGGAAGAGAUUAUGAUCCAUCCUGGAAGAAAGCAAUCUACAAGGUGAUCUGCAAAUUGGAGAGUGAUGUACCAGCGGAAUUUAAGAAACAUUACACUGGAUAAAAUAUAUGCCACAGACACUUUAAUAACAUCGACUUAAGUCUCCAUGAUUAAUGUGGUUUUAAAAAGCUUGGUUCAUUUGUGCAUUCCUUAUGUUAGAUAGUAAAUAUGUUUUCAGUACUACAUUAUUGUAUUUUCCUUAUCAAAUAACCUGGUCAAGGAGUAGCUGCUCAAAUCUGGUUUUUGAAAAACAAUGACAGUAAAGGUGAUUAUUUGUAAUUUAACAUUUACUUUGUAUUACAGCCAACAAAAGCAGUUUUCGUCUGUCUCAAGAAACAUUUGGUUUUAGAAGCACUUUCCACACUUAACACAAAAUCGGUUCCACACCAGGGGAUUAAAACUUUUAAUAUUCAGCUGAACAAGGCCAUGACAUUUUUUUUUGCAUACAGAUUAUCUAUGAUUUAAAUGUGAACUUAACGUAUUACUAUUAUACAGUUUCAGUCUUCUGUUUCUUUGAAACUGCCAUCAGCAACAUUUCCCUUUUCAUACUCACCAUGUGGAUUCUUCAUUUUCUGGCUGUCAGUUGGUAAAAUAAAAGGUGUCUUCAUCAACAGUUACGUACUUUUUCAUUGCUUAAGUCGUCUUCAAUUAAAGCAGCAAAAGAGUUGAUCUUCCAGAAGAAAUCCUCAAAUAUGAAAAUUCCAAGGGUUCAAUGUUGUUUCCAAAAGUAAGGAUAAAAACAAAGAAUGAAGCAAAUGUCUUCUGUGGCAUACGAAAAGCAGAUUGUAACAAAUAAAAAGAGUUAAUAGG